UACUAAACUAACGCACCCUGUCACUCCUCUGCCUCCAUUUUCCCUUUUCACCUCUCUCUGUAAUUACAACAACAACAUCGAAAACAGAGCAACCAAACAACCGCAAUCCACAUAUUAAUUUAACUAAUUAAAUUUCGAUUAAAAUAUCCAAAUCCCAAAACCAGCACACACACACAAUAAAGUCUCACUGUUUUUUAAUAAAAUAAAAACGCUAAGCAUGGAAUCUGAAGAGCAAAAAGUUAGUUUCAUUUUGGGUUAGUCUCUGUUUGGUAACAAAAAAACAGGGCAACAACAAUGGCGAAUUCGGAAGAGGUUUUUCCAUGGCUAAAAUCUCUUCCGGUAGCGCCAGAGUAUCGACCUAGCAUAGCAGAGUUUCAAGAUCCAAUCGGUUACAUUUUCAAGAUCGAAAAGGAAGCUUCAAAAUACGGAAUCUGCAAAAUCAUUCCACCGGUUUCACCUUCUUCUAAAAAAACCGCAAUUUCAAACAUGAACCGGUCUCAACCCCGGUUCACAACACGUCAACAACAGAUCGGGUUCUGUCCACGGAAACCCCAACCGGUUCGACGACCGGUAUGGCACAGCGGUCACCACUAUUCCCUCCGCGAAUUCGAAGCUAAAGCAAAAUCAUUCGAGAAAAGUUACUUCAAAAAGGGGAAAAAACUCUCUCAACUUUCGCCUCUUGAAAUUGAGACUAUUUACUGGAAAGUCACUGCUGAUAAACCGUUUUCAGUUGAAUACGCAAACGACAUGCCUGGUUCUGCGUUUGGAGUGUUAAACGACGGUGGUUAUGGUGGAGAUGGUGUUUUAACGGUUGGUGAAACUGGUUGGAAUAUGAGAGGGGUUUCGAGGGCAAAUGGGUCAUUGUUGAGGUUUAUGAAAGAAGAGAUACCUGGUGUUACUUCUCCUAUGGUUUAUGUUGCUAUGUUGUUUAGUUGGUUUGCUUGGCAUGUUGAGGAUCAUGAUUUGCAUAGUUUGAAUUAUCUUCAUAUGGGUGCUUCUAAGACUUGGUAUGGUGUUCCUAGAGAUGCUGCUGUUGCUUUUGAGGAUGUUGUUAGAGUUCAUGGAUAUGGAGGAGAGAUUAAUCCUCUUGUGACUUUUGCUAUUCUUGGUGAGAAAACUACAGUGAUGUCCCCUGAAGUAUUCGUUGGGGCAGGUAUUCCAUGCUGCAGAUUAGUGCAAAAUGCUGGGGAGUUUGUUGUGACAUUUCCAAGAGCCUAUCACACUGGAUUCAGUCACGGUUUUAAUUGUGCAGAGGCAGCUAACAUUGCAACACCUGAAUGGUUGAAGGUUGCUAAAGAUGCUGCUAUUCGGAGGGCUUCAAUUAAUUACCCUCCCAUGGUUUCACAUUCCCAGUUACUUUAUGACCUUGGCCUUGCUCUAUGUUCUAGAGUCUCUGGAGGCAUCAGCGUUGGACCACGGAGUUCUCGACUUAAAGAUAAGAAGAGAAAGGGUGUAGGAGAGACUGUAAUUAAAGAACUAUUUGCACGGGAUGUGUUACAUAAUAACGACCUACUGCAUGCACUUGGCAAAGGAGCUUCUGUAGUACUUCUUCCUCGUAGCUCUUCUGAUGACUUAUCUGUUUGCACAAAAUUACGUGUUGGAUCUCAACAACUAAAAUUGAACACUGAGUUUUCUCUCAACGUGUGCAAUUCUGAGGGAAGUAAUUCCUCAAAAAGUUUCAUUUCAGAUGAUCUAGUGUUCAACAGGAAUCAUGGAAUAAAAAAAGUAAAAGGUUUUUCUUCUGUAAAAGAAAAGUUUGCUACAUUGUGUGAAAGGAACAGGGUGUGUUCAUUCGGUGAAAAUGGUGACACGUGUACUUCAAGUUCAAAAACACUGCAAAGAGACAUCGAAAAUGAUACAAAUCAAGGAGAUGCGUUAUCAGACCAGAGACUAUUCUCAUGUGUUACAUGUGGAAUAUUAUGUUUUUCCUGUGUAGCUAUUGUACAGCCUAGACAACCAGCUGCUAGAUACCUUAUGUCAGCUGAUUGUAGCUUCUUUAAUGAUUCGAUAGUUGGUUCUGGAGUUGCUAGAAAUAUGUUUACUGUUGCCCAUGAAGAUGCAUAUAUUUCCAAGCAGAGCACAUAUACAGGAUGGACAAAACAGAAUGCCAGAAAUGAUUUAUAUGAUGUUCCUGUUGAAUCUGUUGAACAACGGACACAAAUUGCUGAUCAAAAUUAUAUUGAAGCUUCAAAUAUUGAAAGAAAAAAAGGCAACACAGCUCUUGCAUUGUUGGCUUCGGCAUAUGGAAAUUCGUCCGACUCCGAGGACGAUCAAGGUGACUCGGAUAUUGCAGUUGAUGGCAAUGAUUUGAACACAAUGAAGCAUCCAUCAGAAAGUAAAUCCCAGGAGAAAUCGUGUUUGCCUUCUCAUUUUCAAGAUUGCCAGGCUAGUCCAGUGAAUAGUAUUAACAAUUAUGAGUAUUAUAUGCAUAAGAAAGUUGAGCGCAUUAUGAGUUCUUUUGACUACUCUGUUAAGUCAGAAGAUUAUGACGUCACAUCAGGGGUAGCAUUCAAAAAUACUAGGGAAGGAUUUCAUCCCACCUUGAAUUGUUCCGAAGAUACUCAUACUGAAAUGCCCUUGUUGAGCAAGACUGUGAUUCCGAUUGAGAAUAAAACAUUGGUGCCGCCAUGUGAUGAAGACUCAUCUAGGAUGCAUGUCUUCUGUCUAGAGCAUGCUGCAGAAGCAGAGCGGCAACUUCGCCCAUUUGGAGGAGCACAUAUAUUGCUCCUAUGCCAUGCAGAUUAUCCAAAGAUAGAGGCUGAAGCGAAGUUUGUGGCUGAAGAAAUGGGAAUCGAUUAUGAGUGGAAGAAUACUGUUUACAGGCAUGCCGAAAGGGAAGAUGAGGAGAGGAUCCAAUCAGCUCUGGAUAGCGAGGAGGCUAUUCCUGGAAAUGGUGACUGGGCUGUAAAGCUGGGAAUCAAUCUCUUUUAUAGUGCCAAUCUUAGCCGGUCUCCACUUUAUAGUAAGCAGAUGCCUUACAAUUCUCUUAUGUAUUAUGCAUUUGGCCGUAGCUCUCCAGUAAACUUGCCCAUAGAGCCCAAGGUCUGUCAGAGAAGGACAAAGAGGCAGAAAAAGGUAGUUGCUGGGAAGUGGUGCGGAAAAGUUUGGAAGUCCAAUCAGAUCCAUCCCCUUUUAGCAAAAAGAGAGCUUGAAGAUGUUCAGGAUGAGAAAAGCUUACAUGGGUGGCCAUUACCUGAUGAGAAAAGCGAGGUAUCGGAACGUACCCACAAAAGCAAUACUACAAAUAGAAAAUCUGGUAGGAAAAGGAAAAUGACCAUAGAGAAUGAAGGAGCUUGGGAAGGAAGUUCUGCUGAAGGGGAUUGGCUUACGGAUUAUUCAAUCGAAGAUAAAUGCAAUCGAUCUCAAAGGAGGGCUCUUGCAAGUAAGCGAACCAGGCAUAUUGAGAGAGAUAGUACUGCUUCAGAAGGGGAUUCUUCUCCUUUGAAGCAUCAUAAAAAGCAUACAAGUAAGCAUACAAAAUGCAUGGAAAGUGAUAUAGUUUCAGAUGACUCGCCAGAUGAUAAUACUCAUAUACAACAGUGGAGGAAGUCUGUUGCUAAGGAAGCUAAAUCUAUUGACUGUGAUAUGGUUUCAGAUGAUACAAUGGACCAUGCUUCUGAUUGGCCACAUAGUGAAGAGCUUAGUCACAAGCAAGAUGUUUCAGAGGAUUCAUUGGGUGUCGAUUCUCUUCAGCAGCAUAGGAAGACUCCUAAAAGCAAUUUUGACCAAUACAUUUCUGAAGAAGAUGUGAUUUCUGAUGGCCAAACAGAGGUUCAUUUUCAGAACCAAAAAUGGAGGAUAUCUAAAAACGGGCAACACAAAUAUCUUUCUGAAGAAGAUGCAGUGAUAUCUGAUGACCAACUGGAGCACAGCAUGCUGAAGCAACAACUAAGGAAUCCUAAUAGCAGGAAAGAGCUAGAUAAUUACCAUGUUGAAGAGGAUAUUAUAUCUGAAGACGAACUGGAAUGCCAUUCUCGCAAGUAUCAAAGAAGGACUCCGAAAGACAAGCAAGCCAAACAUGUCAUUGGGGAAGAUGUAACAUGUGAUGACCAGUUGGAGGAUCACUUUCAGAAGCCCCGAAGGAGUAUUCGUAUGAGGAAGAAAAAUAGACACAGUGAUGAAGAAGUUAUGGAUGACUCAGCGGAAAAUAAUUCUCAUGUGCUGCAUAGAACUCCUAAAAGGAAGCAAGCUAAAUGCACAGAUGAAGACAAUAUCAACUCAGAUGAUCGGAUGGAGGAUGAUUGUCAUCAGCAACACAGUAGACCUCUUCGAAGUAAGCAAACUAAAUCACAAAUUCUUCAACAAAUGAAACAGUCUAACUCGCUUUGUGUGAGAAGCAAGACAUCUCGGCCUGUGAAAUGUGGUUCUCAUAUGCUAACAAAGUCGAAGUCUCCUCGGCUAAUGAAGCAGCAGCCUCGUGUGUGGAACAGUCAAUCAGGUAACUCCAAAGAUGAGAUGUCCCAAAUUGAAGAUGAUGAAGGUGGCGGACCUCCCAGCACACGUCUUAGGAAAAGAUUCCUAAAAGUUCAAAGUGAAUCCGAGGGGAAAACAACAGAAAGGGAAACCAAAAAGAAAAAAGUGAAGAAUGCAAUAGCUGCAAAAGUUUCAGCAGUCCGUGCCAAAAUGAAGGAUGACGAAGAAGAAUACCAGUGUGACAUUGAGGGGUGCACCAUGAGUUUUGGGUCUAAACAGGAGUUGGUGCAUCAUAAGAGAAAUAUAUGUCCUGUGAAAGGGUGUGGAAAGAAGUUUUUCUCACACAAAUAUCUGGUGCAGCAUCGUCGAGUUCACGAGGAUGACCGUCCCUUAAAGUGUCCUUGGAAGGGGUGCAAGAUGGCUUUCAAAUGGGCAUGGGCUCGUACUGAACAUAUCCGUGUCCACACCGGUGCUCGUCCGUAUGUGUGUGCUGAGCCGGGGUGUGGGCAAACGUUCAGGUUUGUUUCUGAUUUCAGUCGUCAUAAGCGAAAAACUGGUCAUUCAGUAAAGAAGACUCGUUCAUAGCAAGUAUAAUUGAAAUUGUUAUUAGCAUUGUUUGAUGAAUUUAUGAAUCUAUUGUUCAACUGACAGGAUAGGACUAGGUUUUGAUAACAGUUUAGGAUAUUCCUGCAAUUGCCAUUUGGAGUAACUGUUAAUUCUGCUUCCCAAGGCUUUUAUUGUACCCAUUUAUUAAUUGCAAUCAAAGCAAGCAAUUGCUUGGAUAUGAACAUGACUUUCAUCCA